AUGAAUAAUAUACUAAGGCUCAACAGACAAAAGCGAAUAUUUGCAAACAGUAAGAGAAACUUUCUCCAUUUUAAUUGUAUUUAUAAUAAAACAGAAAAUUGUGUUACCAGAAAUAAAAAUGAAAAAAUAAAUUUCGAUAAAAAUAUACAUAAACUUAUAGCAAGAAGUUAUGUUAACUUCGACAAUAAAAGUAUAUCAAGUAGUAAAAGGAGAAAAAUAUACUUACUUACUUUACUUCUUACUGGUGUGUUUGGAUAUGGCAGUUUAAUAUGGAAAGAAAAAAGAAAUGUAACCAAUUUCCUAAAUGAAAUGAAAGAAAUAACGGAUGAUAUUUUUGAUAACAUGGACAACAUCGUAUUGUUUGUGUUAGAUAAGAAUAAAUUAAAUGAAGAAAAAAAAAAUAUUCAAGAAAUAAAAAAUGAAAUUGAAAAACUCAAUAUAAAAAAUAUCAAUUUCCUUUACACAUAUAAUGAAGAAAGCAAGGAGUACGCUUGUUAUCUUUAUAAAGGAAGGAGAAGAAGAAACAUAACAAAACAAGAGCUAGCAAGUAAUUUUAUCGAAGAUAUAUUUGAACCUUUUUUUACACCUGUUAGUGAAGAUUAUGAAAAAAUUAAUGAAGGAAAUAAUGGAAAUUUCCCAAUUUGUGUAACGCAUGACACGUUUGAGAAGGAGAUCAUUGAGGACUCAAAGAAAAACGAAAUAAUCUUGGUUUUAUUUGAAAAUACGUGCUUCUUAUGCUUUUUGUACAAGCCUUUUAUAAACACUUUACAUAAAUUAUUCAAGGAGAACAACAUUCAACUAAAGCUGAAGAAAUAUAAUAUAGAGAAAAAUGAUUAUGCUCCAAAUAUGAUUGUUUGUAGGGGAACCCCAACAUUUUUAUUUUAUCACAAUGGAAAGGGAAAUAAGCUGGAUGAAUAUAAGCCUAAUGACAUCAUCAACAAAAUCGAUCAAAUUAUUAAAUCGCCUAAAAAUAUUAAAGAACAAAUGCUAGCUAAGGCAGAUUUAAUCCAUGAAAGAAUGCAUCAAUUUGGAUAUUUGACCAUGUGGAUGACAGAGUCCAAAAUUAUAGAAAAUAUGCUCAUAAAAAGGCACAUAAAGGAUAUAUCAAGUAACACCGAUGAUGAUACCAUUUAUAAUGAAGUAUUAACGGCUCUUAUAGAAGAAGACACAGGAAGAAAUGAUUUAAUUGAGGACAGCUUAAGUUACAUGAAAGAGAAAAUAAAUGAAGCGGAGAAGAGUUGUUUUGUAGUAGCUAUGAUGAUGGCUAAAGAAUUAAUUGAUGAAGAAAAAAAAAAUAUGACAUGA